AUGGUCUUCUUCUUGCCAAUGGAAUUCAUGUCUCCAACUGACCACGAAGCAACAGAGGCAGAACAGGAGAUGGCACAGCUAGCCUUGGAGCCGAUGUUAGCCACCUUUGAAAAAUCCGAAGAUGAAAAACGUCGGCACCUGAAAGCUCUCUUCCUCAAGGGGCAAGUCGACGGGAGGCCAGUUACCAAGCUUUUAGUAGAUGGAGGUGCAGCCGUGAACAUCAUGUCGUAUGCCAUGUUCCGCAAGCUCGGUAGAGAUGACGUUCUCCGGAGGUUCACCAACAGCGCUGGUGAAUUCAGCCUUGCUCCCAGCAAGGACAUUGUGGGGCUCCUAAGCUUGCAUGACAUGUCACACUUGGACAUUGGAGAAGAAGCAUCACUCUACAAGGCAAAGGUGUUCUCAAGCAAGCACCUUGCAUCUGCCAUCAGGUACCUGGAGCCAGGCCUCGCAAGGUAUGUGAGGCACUCCCUGCACCCAUACCACCUGAGCCUGAUGCAGUACAAGGCCAGGCACCACCUCAGCUACCUGCAGAGCCUGCCAAGCAAAAAGUGUGCUACUGCAAUGCAGGAGCUGGCAAUUGCAGAAUUCCAUCUUAACAAACUGCUGCAUCAGAAAGAAAUGGAAGAGGUUAAAAGCUGCAUGAGAUCAUGCUACAAGGCUCUUUACAAGGCUCCUGGUACUCGAGGACUACGCGAGGAUGCUGCUGUUAUGAAACUAUGA